GUUUGGUUUCGCAUCUCGCCGGCGACGGACCACAUUGCGAAGUAGUGCCUAAGUCCAAAAGUAUAUAGUAUUUGUUUUGACUUCGUAGAGCUCUCUGGGUUCACAUAUCGCUCUGCAAAGAUGACUGGCUCUCUUUGGCUCAGUUUGGCACUGAGUCUGGCGGUUUUGGCUCAAUUUAAAGUGAGCGCCGCUCCUAAUCUGGUUUGUUUCUAUGACUCGCAGGGCUCUCAGCGUCAGGGCCUGGCUCAGUUUUCGAUUACCGACAUCGAGCUAGCCCUGCAGUUUUGCACCCAUUUGGUCUACGGCUAUGCGGGUGUUAAUGCCGAUAACUUUGAAAUGCAGAGCAUUAACAAGCGUUUGGACCUUGAGCAGCGUCAUCUGGCCCAGGUCACCAGUAUGAAGGAACGCUAUCCCCACAUCAAGUUCCUCUUGAGCGUUGGUGGCGAUGCCGAUACCAAUGAGGGUAACCAGUAUAUAAAGCUCCUGGAAUCGGGACAACAGGGCCACAGGCGCUUCAUCGAAUCCGCUCGAGAUUUGGUGAGACGUUAUAAUUUCGAUGGUCUGGACCUGGCUCUCCAGCUACCCAGAAAUAAGCCACGCAAGGUUCAUGGGGAUGUUGGCUCUGCCUGGAAGAGUUUCAAGAAGUUCUUCACCGGCGACUAUAUUGUGGACACUGAAUCGGAAACGCACAAAGGACAGGUGACUGCCCUGAUCAAGGAUUUGAGUGCCGCUCUGAAACAAAAUGAUCUGCUGCUCAGUCUCACCGUUUUGCCAAACGUUAACUCCAGCUGGUAUUACGAUGCCCCGUCGAUCGCCCCAAGCCUGGACUUCAUCAACCUGGGAACUUUUGACUUCCUGACCCCGCAGCGCAAUCCCGAGGAGGCCGACUUCUCGGCGCCAACAUAUGAGGCAGUUGGACAAAAUCGUUUGGGCCACUACAAUCUGAACUUCCAAAUGGAACACUGGCUGCUUCAAAGAGUGCCGGCUAAUAAGAUAAACAUUGGCAUUGCCACCUAUGGCAGGACGUGGAAGAUGAGCAAGGAUUCGGGAGACUCUGGUAUGCCAGUGGUCUCCUCCACCCAGGGACCUGCUCCAGCUGGACCUCAGAGCAAACAGGAGGGUCUGCUCAACUGGGCUGAGAUCUGCUCACUGAUGCCAAACCCCAGUAACUCCAAUGCCCGAGGUCCUAAUGCUCCGGUGAAAAGGGUUGUGGAUCCCACCAAACGUUAUGGCAGCUACGCCUUCCGUGCCGCCGAUGAAAAUGGAGACCAUGGACUGUGGAUUAGCUAUGAUGAUCCGGACUCCGGCUCCAGCAAGGCUAUGUACGCCCGGGCAAGGAAUCUCGGUGGAGUGGCUCUGUUUGAUCUGACCCAAGACGAUUUCCGCGGUCAGUGCACAGGCGAUCGCUUCCCCAUGCUGCGCGCCAUCAAGUAUCGACUUCUCUAAGCCGACUUCUCUAAGCCAACAUCUCUAAUUCAACUAUCCAGACCAGACCAUAAAGACAUCUACAGCACGCAAAUGUCACAUGAAAAGUUGGGGAAGCGGAGCUGGAAGGGAACAAAUGUCACCCUUUCGGUGGCUAAAAGGCCUCCUUCUGUGUCUGUCCCUUUUUGCAAAUUAAUUACAAAGUUGUAAACUAAAA